GCCAACGUUCACUGAUUGAUGGAUAUAACACUGAAUUGUCUCUCUCAUGGCAUACAUCAACCCACGGGAGACGCCAAACCCAGAAACCGACUCACUGUCACACACACACCCCGUGGGUCAUACACGCACACUCACACACGCCCUGCAGCCGCUGGAGUACCAACUUGACUUGAAACGAAAAACGCAGGGUAAGGAUUUCUCUGUGCUUUUCUUGUUAUGCUCGAGUCGCAGCUUGACCAGGAGACAUGAAGGUCUCCCCAGGUCAAGAACCACACCACCUAGCAGACAUACAGUACACUGACUGCACUUGAUAGAUCUGCUGUGUGCAUGACACAGGGGCAGAAGGUUCGCUGUCCAUCGGGCUGGGCCGCUUCCGGUAAGGGAUUGCACAGCCAGCAGCCGUCACUCGCGGCCCCCUGUCGCCCGGUCACACACAUCAGCCAAGAUCGCAUGAUCGUGCUUGUGGGGCUAGUGGUCCAAUCAGCACAUGUACGAAGCGAGUGACCGGUUGACGAAAAAGAAAAGGAGGAGAAGGGCAGCAAGGAACACCCCCCCACACCCACAUAUAUGGAAGAGGAGCAUACAAACCACGUACAUGCCCUCACACCCACAUGCAGACCAGCCAAGAGGGGAAGCAACGAUAUAUACGGUGCAGAUGCCUACGUAUACGCGACAAAUCCAUCCACCUCCAUCCACACACACGCAAUGGACGGAUGGGCUGUGUGGUGUGAGAGAGACAGGCAGCUCGCUAUCACUUCAGGCUGGGCCGCUCCCGCCAAGGGAUUGCGCAGCCGUCAGCCGUCACUCGCGGCCCCCUGUCUACGCUCACACGCACAUAUGGCAGCAGACAUCACAUAGCAUGUUGUCUAUGUGAGUGAGUGGAUGGGGUGUUGGGAGGUCGAGGUCAGAUACAGAGAUGCAGCAACGACGCAGCGAAUGUAUACCUUCCCACUGGCCUAAACUCAUUCAUUAGAAACGUACAAAAGCACACAUGGCCCACCGUGUGCGGCCAGCAGCAGCUAUGGCCUGUCUAUAUGAGUCGGUCUGCCUGUCUAUGCGGUGAUGACAUUGUUCCGUAGGAAGGCAUUGAUAUCCAUCGACUCGUACAGAACGCCGCCGUCGGGCAGACCCAAAGCAGGCACCUGACUCACACACACACACACACGCACGCACCGGCGUUGCACAUGUGAGUGUAACAGCACAGCACCUCCCACCUGUGUGAGUCCGCCCCUCUGUUUGAGUUGGUCCUUCUGCGACGGGUCGGCCUUGACGUCCACCAGCGGCAGCAUCCCCUGCAGCCCCAAAGCACUCAGCUGGUCCAGCACAUGGACGCAGAAGGGACACUGGGGCAUGUAGAAGAGGCAGUAGCCCUCCUUCGACAGAUCCUGCACACACGCAGCCAGCCAACCAACACACACACACAGACACACACACACAAUCAUCUCUUUCACUGUGUCGGUUCUGUGUGUGUCAUCCCACUGCCCACCGUGGCGUUGACGUGCUUCAUGUUUUCGACAAGCGGUGCGGGCGGCGCGUCCUUGCGAGAGGCCUUGACCUCGCUGAUGUAGUCGCGGCCCGUCUGCUUGCCCAUCCACUGCAGCACGGCGUCAAACGAGUAGUCGAAUGGACCAGGCCCACCUGCACCAACGACGUACACACCGCACACACACCCAUUCCCCCUUCAUAAGUGUGUUUGUUUCCUCGAUCUCUGGCCGACCGAUGAAUGCCAAAGUGCCAUCGGGUUUGAGGACCAUGAGGCGGUCGAGCCAGGCGGCGUAGGCCACGCAGGCCUCGUCGUCCGAGCCGUCGAUGAGCAGCUCGCCAGUGACGCCCUUGCCGGCGAAGAAGUCCACCGCCAGCUUGGUCCGCUCGGCGAGGCUCGUGGUCUUCUUGACCCUCAGAUUCCCAUACACCGCCCACUCAUCAGUCGGGUGGGCCUCCUGUGGCCACACACACAGACAUGGAGAGAUGGCCGCAGCCGUCACCCACAACCUCUGCUGGUGUGUGGUGUGUGGUGUUGGUUACCCUCAUGUAGAUGGUGACGAACUUGGCGUCGUCCUUGAACAGCUGUUGGGCGACCAUCAGGUCGUCCAUAACAGCCGCAAACUGACAUGCCAAUCAAUCAAGACACACACACAGGGGGAGAGAGGCAUGGAUGGAGCCACUCUCAAGCAAACCGAGGAGGCGGAUCGAUCUCCUCUCUCUCGUGGCACUUACCGGGGGUCAGCUGCAGCUGCCGAAGUUGAGCACCAGGAACUUGGUGGCGUCGAGGAAGUCGUAGAUGUGACGCUUCUCACCCUCAGUCGUGUACACCACACAAUUGGGCGCCUUGCGGCCCUCUCUCAGGGUCCAGCGGCCACGCCUCCACACACAACACACCCAAACAGUGUCCGUCUCUCUCCCUCUCUCUCUCUCUCUCUCUGUGCCCACCUGUGAAGGCGCACAUAGAUCCAGAUGCGGUGGUAGAAGGCGGGAUUGGUCAGAGUGUGCCACAUGGUCUCGCUGAGGUCAUGUCGCAGCGGGUUGGGCUUCUCGGCGCCCAGCUCUCCGACGCCUUGUCGGUUGGUCAUCGGGCCGGGCAGCCCGGUGACCUUGACGCCCAGCGCUCGCGAAGUGGGAGCAUCCGGCUUUGUCGAAGCAGGAGCCUCCUUCCAGCCGAGCAGUCCCUUGAUGAAACCCAUAACGCACUUGAGAAUGUAGCCCUGACAGCAGACAGACAAGGCACACACACCAACAAGCAUGCAUCUCAUCCUCCCAAUGGAUGCUGCUGAUCAGCUCAGAGACGUCGCCGACGGACUGACCUGUGUCAAGAAGCCGACCAUAAAGGCAAACCUGAUGACGUCCAAUGGCAGGUACGCCACCUCCCACAGCUGCUCUGACACCGACGACGCCCUCAUUUUGUGUGAAGGAAGAUCAGCACAGCAGUCGACGGCCUUCAUUCAUGCAGACCGCCGACCACCAGAUCCAGGCGCUUGCCGACGCCUCUCCG